AUGAAACAAUAUAUGCAAAAUAAACCUAUAAAGCGUGGUUUUAAAAUUUGGAUGCUUUGCGAUCAAUCAAGUUAUAACCUGAAAUUUGAAAUUUAUACUGGAAAAUGUAGUAGCAAUGUAGUGGAAACAGGACUUGGUGCUAAAAUAGUAUUAAAUUUAAUGAAUGAAUUUGCUGGUACAGUAAAUUCAAACAGGAAAAAUUUACCAAAACUAUCAGAUGAUAAAAAAAUGAUGAGAGGUGACUUUGACUGGAACACUAGUGAUACAAAUAUCACAAUGUGCAAAUGGAAAGAUAAAAGAAGUGUUCAUUUACUUUCAUCACGUUCAUUACCUCAAGAACCUAUUUCAGUAAAAAGAAAACAAAAAGAUGGAACAAUUGUAAACGUACCCUGUCCACAAGUAUUAGUGGAUUAUAAUAAAAACAUGAAUUAUGUAGACAAUUUUGACAGAUUAAAAGGAGAUUAUUCAUUAGACAGAAAAUCUGUUAAGUGGUAUAUGAGGUUGGUGUUCCAUUUUGUAGAUUGUGCAAUAACAAAUGCAUUUAUUAUACAUAAGGAACUACCCAAUGUGGAACAUUUCAAGAAUAAAAAUUUCAAAAGAAACAUUUAUAAUACACUUUUAUCGGACAAAUUAGUAGCAGUUUCCCAAAAGUCAAAAAAAACUUUAUCUCAAGGAGGCCCUGCUUCACGAAAGCCUCAUAUAAACAAAAGUAUACGAUUAGAAAGUUCCAGUCACCAACCUCAGAGAACAACUUCUAGGCGUUGUGGUAAUUGUAGUACAAAAAAAAACCCUGUAAGAAGCAUUUGGGAGUGCUCAGUAUGUAAAAAUGGUACAUGUUCAGCUGCUUCCUACGACAUAUAA